AUGAGCUCUUCAACGGUUUUUAUCCACAUUCAACCACCGACACAAACCACACCAGCUGGGACUGUGACAACUGCUCCUGUGCCUGUUUUUGUACAACAAGUGCCAACAUUUUCACCUCUUCAGGAACUACUGAUAUUUUUGAAAAGCCAACCAAAAGCCCUUGGGACUGUCCAGAUAAUGAUUGGUCUGUUUACUCUCCUGUGUGGCAUCGUGUGUGGAGCUAAUUCAGGAUUUUUUUUUGUCCAUACAUUUACUCCUUACUGGGGAUCUGUCAUUUACAUUAUUGCAGGUUCACUCUGCAUUGCUGCAGAAAACAAAUGUAAUUCAUCCUCCAGUUUGUGUUUGUUAAAAGGUUCUCUUGGAAUGAACAUUUUCAGUGCUUUAGCUGCAAGCACUGCCAUUAUUACUCUUCAAUGGAUUUGGAUCAAGGGAAUCAAUGUUGCAUUGCUUCCAUUUACCAUCCUUGAGUUCAUCAUCUCCAUUUUUCUGUCAGCAUUUGCCUGUAAAGCCACCAGCUGCUGCAGCUGUUGUCCUCCAGUGAUAACUGUGGUCAGCAGCCCUUCCAUGCCUCACAAUCCUGCAGAAAUUCCCCCACAAAGCAAUGAAUAG